GCCAACCUUGACAUACGCGAAUCGCAUCCCAUAGUCCCAAGCAAGCGCGUCAAGCGACAUCGCCGUUUUCCGUGCACCGCCAUUUGGACGAGCCUGCACGGAAGCGCAAACGACGCCAUACCGUCUCACCGGCUUCCGAACACGCUGCCUCGCGCCCAUCGCCCACUCUCCCACCCCCAUCUUCUUCCUUUGUCGCGCUCGUCUGCUGGCGCACAGGGCCCGCGUCCUUUGAUACAAAGGUUGACAGUCCUGUUACACCAAGCCCACAAAGGCCGAUCAUUGCGGGCGCUGCGCUUUGCCCCUCACAAUCACUAGUUAGCGCGACACUACGCCCCCAGCACCGACACUUUGUCGCGACGUCGCACAAACGAGCGCAUAUCAGAGACACUUUUCUCUCUCUGCCUCUUUGUGCUCGAGAGCCGCCGUUAAGCGCUGCACGGGGUGAUUGCCCUCGACCUCGCCGCUGAGGUACUCGGUGUCGCAUCCGUUAAGACGACAGCUGGACGCGAUCCAGAAGAUCCGCAUCGAACCCCCGAUCUCCCUUCGACUUCACGAAGCUCGCAACGCACCUAUCCGCUUGCACGUGCGAGCUGCACCAACCAUCGCCACUGCGACCUGCUCACCACUGCAGGCAGCCCGCAGGCCAUCGACCGAACGAAGGAGCAGCGACGAGCUCCUUCCUCCUCCCAUUCUCCGCCCUGCCCGCCCGACCUCUGCACGCGCGAGCGCUGCGUCAUUGCAGAGCACCAGGCAACCAGCUGCGGUGCACUGCGAAUCCGAUCGCCCAUUGGAUCGAGCAGGAUCGUCGUGCUCGCGACGCACUCGUGUCCGGCCCUAUUGCUGGCCCAGACACGCACACCACAGCUCGCUCGGCACCAGCGGGCAGCAAGAGAGUAGGGCCGAAGGGAUACACACCGGUCUCUUCGCGGCCUAUCACGACACCGGCCACACGCAUUGCCACGAUAGUCUCGCGCUGUCACCAGGCAAAGCGGACACAAGAGCCACGGCAAACACUCGUAUGAGCGCUUGAGCUGUCGACCAAGGAAUGCCUGCAUCGUCCAAAGACAGUUUGACCAUAUUUCCGCCCUUCGACAGUCAAGCGAAGGAAGCCGACGACAAGCGCGACUCACCUAUUGAGUUCACUUUUGACAGUGGCUUAGACGACGACGAAAUGGCGAGCACGCAAUCGCCCUUCAUCAAGUCUGAGCCAGACGACUUCAACAACUUCAACUCCAACCAAUACAUGAACUACAACAAUCACAACCACAUGACCCAGUCAGGCGGCAACAUGAACGUCAAUCCAGCGAACUUGACCAACGGCGGCGGCAACAACUUCAUGACGUCCUCAUAUAUCGCUGACGACGAAUUGGCCGACCUCAACAUCGACAGCACGCCACAGUUCGGUGGCGACGUGCAAUUCCAGAAUUUCCUGCAACAGCAGCACAUGUCGCAUCCCAAUACAUUCUCGCACACUCCCGACGGGGCACCAAUACAGUCGCCAUUCAACAACGACUUCAACUACGGGCAGUUCCGGGCAGCACCGGGCCAACAGCAAUUUGGUCACAGCCUGCCGACACAAGCCCAAGGCUUCCGACAGUCUCACAUGAGCGCUGACCGAAAAGUUGGUGACUCCCGGUCACCUGCCACACCCAACACGCCGGGCAUGGCACACCUGACUGUCAAUGACGAGAAUCACCCUGGCAUGCAACAGAUCAACCACCGACAACACAGUUCCAUGGGUAACGGCUGGGAAAGCACACCAAGCGGUCACAGCUGGGGCGAAUCAUCACCAUUCCCAUCACCAAACGGUCAACCACAGCACCCGCAAAUCGAGGCCGUCCUCAGAGGUACCCACCAUCACAAGGUUGCAUCGAGUCUACCGACAAAGAUGGAACCCGGUUUCGGAGCACCUUCCACCACGCAGGAAGCGAAGCGUCGGCGGAGACGCGAGUCCCACAACAUGGUCGAGCGUCGUCGCCGCGACAACAUCAAUGAGCGAAUUCAAGAUCUCGGUACAUUGGUGCCACAGCACAGACUCGAAGACGAGAAGGUGCGCAAGCAUCUGCAGACUAACGCUCCACUUUCGCCAUCCAUCGCAAAUGCGGGCAUGUCACCGCCGAACGCUUCCUUGCUUGGCACAUCAGCUCGUAGAGCCGCUGGCAACAUCACCCAGGGUCUACCACUCGAGGAGAAAGACAAGGGUCCCAACAAAGGCGACAUCUUGAACGGUUCCGUGGCUUGGACACGAGACAUGGUCUGGUUCAUGCACCUCAAGCUCAGCCAAGAGCAGCAGCUCAAGAAGUAUGUGCAGGAACUUGGCGGUCAGUGGCCAUUCGAGGCGUCUGAAGAAGAGCUCCGCAUGACAUCCGAAUUCCUGGAAGUCUUGACCAAGCACCGCGACGCUGGCGGCUUUACUGGCUACACACGCGCGCCUGGUUCAGGUCUUCGAGUGCCGGGUUUCACCAAUCUCAACGGUGACAGCGUGGCCAACUCCGAGCCGCAGAACCUCACGAUCCCAGCUCUGAGUCCAGGCUACCGUCCAGGCGGUAGUGGCAUGUCGAGCGGUAUGUCGCACGACUCUGCAGGCUACAACUGGAACAUCGACCCCAAGGAGGAAGAUGAGUUUGGUAUUGGUAUGGAGAUGCAAUAGGGAGGCAACUUCACUUACCUGCCACAACCCAACACCUUCGCGUACCCACAGGCGCCAAUACAGGUGCAAAACAAUGUGGAUCCACUUCUGCACUUCCUCAACUUCGAAGCCCCGCCAUCUGCCGAGAUCCCAGCGGAUCUGGUGGGUAACACCGACAUCUGCUCGAGCACUUGAUCUGGAGCUACACCCCUUGCAUGAGGGACCCAGAGACCGGGGCGUGCUGACGCACUCUGUGACAGCAGCUGUCACAAUGCAACCACCCUUUCCACCGACACUCGAUACCUGCUGCUGGCAUCUGCUUGCGACAAUGAUGUUACCUCACGAGUGCUUUUGACAUCUUCCACCCACACCAGCGGCGUUAGUGUUACACGGAAUUCUGAUACAUGGGAUCUCUCGGUUUUGUGCUUUCCUCACCAAUGAUACCACCAUAUGCUUUUGCUUUGAUGACUGCUUCCGACUAUUUGGCUAUGAUCUCGGCUACCCAACCGCGACGACCCGCUGCUUCGACCUAUUCCGGCAAAUGCACUGAUGGAGUCUGGCGUCUGCUCAGACCGCGCGCAUACCUGGAGUUUGGGUCCGGCGUCUCGAACACGACACACAUAUCACAGCCUGCGAACAAACGCGGCACACUUUCACGAGCCGUUACCAUGGAGUUUUUGAUUUGUCACGAUUUUCCUGAGACACCCUUCUACUGUGUUGUUCUCUUGAUUUAAACUGCGAUGCCUGAAUGGCAAGGGGGGACAAGGGAGAUUCUGCAUGCUUGCGAGGGAGUUCAAUCAACCAUGUGUUUCGACAUACUACUUGCAUCGGGACGAGGCACCACACGACACACAACACCAACACUACCACUUAUUAUGCAUGCAUGGCAGAGAAAGACUUCUGAAUGGGACUCCCACUGAACAAACGAAACUGAUGGAAAUUGUUGAGAGCAAGGCAGAAGAUUUUUUCUCAAAAUCACACUACUUGUCUUUUUUGAAUGGAGAGAAGAUUGUGGCAUGACUGGCUGGUACAUUGUGCGACUUAUCAUCAUCAACAUCAUCAUCUGUUUAAUGGGUAGCCGAGAAUGAAUCUAUAAAUCUGACAAAUUUUCCAUUUUCACUUUCUUUGCUUGCACGAGUAGGACUGUGAAGGAUGUGUACGCUUGGUCGAUGUAUUUGACAUAUGGCCAUUGGCGAACUAGCAGCUGCGACUUCAUCUACAUCGGGAGUCCGAGAGCUGCAGGUUUAUCGAUUGUCAUGCGACGUGGUAUUGCGGUAACCCAUCAUGAAGGCUCGACGGCGAAGAUACUUAGCCAUCUUCAGCUCUGCCCAAAAUCGAGGCUACGGCCAGUCGCGCCUCACAACCAUCUGUCUCAACCCCAAUGACUGGCCUCGAAUCAACCACUUCCUCCAGCCUCCGAUCCGCAAGCAAGUGACACGCAUGCCGACAGUUCUCCUUCUGCAGAGACAAGAACGCCACAGUUACACGAGGGCUUGUGUCCGGGCUGUCAAAUGCUUGGACUUGACUUGGUUCGGGGGUAGCAGUCUGAUACAAUGCCAUUCGGCACCUCGUAAUCUUGUCGUCUGGCGUGAAGCUUCAUCCUUGUCAUCGACACUUUUGUGGUAUGUUGGUCGUUCUCGGAUUUGCGAGCGUUGCUGGAAUCUGCCGUGCGAGUGUCUCUGUUUCUCCACCGCCUCGCCUCGCUGGCGAUUGCCGUUACGGCGACGGCCGGUGCCCGAAUUCCAGCGACCGAGACUGUGAGUGAGACUUGAUGCUGUGGAGAUCAAGAUUUUUGGUCGUUGUGGAGGACCUUGCUGUUGGUCGUGUUCUGGAUCGUUGCUCCUGCCACCCGCUGCCACAGCAAGCCACGGUGUUUUCUCACACGCGUCUCAGUUACUGCUUGUCGGCUGACCAAGGGUGC